ACUAACGGCAGUACGGUACCGAGAAGAGUAAUGGCAUUGGUUAUCUUCCGUGAAAAAUAGUCUAAAUAUUGGUUGCUGUAAAUCAAAACAACAAACAUACUGCUUAAACUUCGGCACAGUUACUACUUUUGCCGAGGGACGAAGGAGACGACUCGCGGAAGGCACAGUUGACACUAUCAAGACCUGACGUUUCAUUUAGUUCGUUUGAUAACGGGAUAUCUUAUUGGACAUGUGAGUUACAGGAGUAAUAAUCACCACCCUGCAAAAUGAAGUUUCCCUCGUGUCUUCGAAGCCUUCUCGUCAUCUUUGUUGUGAUCCGGUCGAGCGCUACACAAGCAGUUUGUCCGGGGACGGAGAACAAACUGAGCACCUUAUCGGACCUGGACCAGCAGUACCGGACCCUGCGUAAGCUCUACGAGAACUGUGAGGUGGUCAUGGGAAACCUAGAGAUCACCAGUAUUGACCGCAACCGCAACCUCUCCUUCCUCAAGUCCAUCCGGGAGGUGACUGGUUACGUAUUGGUGGCAUUGAACCAGUUUGACUACCUGCCCCUGGAAAACCUGAGGAUUGUCCGAGGGACUAAGCUGUAUGAAGGACGCUACGCCCUUGCCAUCUUCCUCAACUACCGCCGCGACGGCUACUACGGCCUCCGUCAGGUGGGCCUACGCAACCUCACAGAGAUCUUGAAUGGGGGUGUUUACGUGGACCAGAACAAGUUCCUGUGCCACGCUGACACCAUCCACUGGCGUGACAUCAUCAAGAACCCUCAGGCUGAGCUCCUGGUGGUGCCGUCCAACAACAGCGGCCUCGGAUGCAAACGAUGUCAUCGAUCGUGCAACGGACGCUGUUGGGGCCACCAGGAAGACCAGUGCCAGAGCUUGACCAAGACGGUGUGUGCGGAGCUGGACGGCCGAUGCUUCGGCCCCUACGUCAGUGACUGUUGCCACCGGGAGUGUGCCGGCGGCUGUUCCGGCCCCAAGGACACAGACUGCUUUGCCUGUACCAACUUCAAUGACAGCGGGGCGUGCGUGACCCAGUGUCCCCAGCCCUUCGUGUACAACCCCACCACCUUCCAGCUGGAGCACAACCCCCGGGCCAAGUACACCUACGGAGCCUUCUGUGUCAAGAAGUGUCCUCACAACUUUGUGGUGGACCACAGCUCCUGUGUGAGGGCGUGCCCCAGCAACAAGAUGGAGGUGGAGGAGAACCGUGUCAAGAUGUGCAUCCCCUGUACUGAUAUCUGCCCUAAAGUGGGCGAAGGCGUGACGGUUUUCACUCAUAUUGAGCAACUGGUGGAGCCUCUCACCCCCAGUGGCACGGCUCCUAAUCAGGCCCAGCUUCGGAUCCUGAAGGAGACUGAGCUGAAGAGAGUCAAGAUCCUGGGCUCUGGGGCCUUUGGCAUCGUCUACAAGGGGAUCUGGGUUCCAGAGGGAGAGACCGUGAAGAUCCCGGUCGCCAUCAAGAUCCUGAAUGAGGCCACCGGGCCCAAGGCUAAUGUGGAGUUCAUGGAUGAAGCCCUGAUCAUGGCCAGCAUGGAGCACCCCCACCUGGUGCGCCUGCUGGGGGUGUGCCUGAGCCCCACCAUCCAGCUGGUGACCCAGCUCAUGCCCCACGGCUGCCUGCUCGACUACGUCCACGAGCACAAGGACAACAUCGGCUCCCAGCUGCUGCUCAACUGGUGUGUUCAGAUCGCCAAGGGGAUGAUGUACCUGGAGGAGAGGAGGCUGGUCCACAGAGACCUGGCUGCCCGUAAUGUGCUGGUCAAGUCCCCCAACCACAUCAAGAUCACUGACUUUGGCCUGGCCCGCCUGCUGGACGCAGACGAGAAGGAGUACAACGCAGACGGGGGCAAGAUGCCCAUCAAGUGGAUGGCGCUGGAGUGCAUCCACUACAGGAAGUUCACCCACCAGAGUGAUGUGUGGAGCUACGGUGUGACUAUCUGGGAGCUGAUGACGUUCGGAGGGAAGCCGUACGACGGCAUCCCCACGCGUGAGAUCCCCGACAUCCUGGAGAAGGGAGAGCGUCUGCCCCAGCCGCCCAUCUGCACCAUCGACGUGUACAUGGUCAUGGUCAAAUGCUGGAUGAUUGACGCAGACAGCAGACCGAAGUUCAAGGAGCUGGCUGCUGAGUUCUGCAGGAUGGCAAGGGACCCCCAGCGCUACCUCGUCAUCCAGGGGGAUGACCGCAUGAAGCUUCCCAGCCCCAACGACAGUAAGUUCUUCCAGAGCCUUCUGGAGGAAGAGGAUCUGGAGGACUUCAUGGAUGCUGAGGAGUACCUCGUCCCCCGCGCCUUCAACAUGCCCCCUCCCUCCUACUCCACCCGGCCCUGCGUCGACUCCAACAGGAACCAGUUUGGCUACCGGGACGGGGGUCCAUCCCCUGAUGAGGGCUCGGCAGCGGGGGCUCCCCCUGGCUGCAUGUCCCAGGAGGCCCUCCCUGGCUCUCAGGGGCCGGCGCCAGAGGACCAGCGCUGCAACGGGACCCUCCACAAGAGGAAGAGCCUGGGCCGGGCUGGAGACGACCCCAGCGGGCAGCGCUACAGCGCCGACCCCACCGGCUUCCUGGGCGAGCGGGGGUCCAGAGGGGACACGGACGAGGAUGGGUACAUGACCCCCAUGAAGGACAAGGCUUCCUCAGAGUACCUGAAUCCGAUAGAGGAAAAUCCGUUUGUGUCGCGGCGCAAAAAUGGCGAGGUUCACGCCCUGGACAACCCAGGCUACCACAGCACCCCCAACAGCCAGCCCAAGGGAGAAGACGAGUACAUCAACGAGCCCCUGUACCUCAACACCUUCCACAGCCCUGCAGACCUGGGUCUGGAGGUCCUGAGAAAGAACGGCCUGCCCCUCCCUUCACACUCCUCGGCUCCCGCCAAUGUCACUGCCACCCACCUCCCCCACACCAUCCAAACCAGCCUCCCUCACUACCCCCUUCCCUCCGCCCAGCCCUCCCCCUCAGGCCUGUCCUGCCACCACCCCCCUUCUCACAUACUCCAUGCGCACCACAGUGUCAAACUUGGCAACCCGACUCAGCCUGGAACAGCCAGCCAGAGUGCCGCACACCCGGGGAACCAGGGCCACCAGGCCCAGCCAGGCUCCACUGCCCAGGCCUGCCACCCAGCCAAGCAAGGCUUUGCUUCUACAUCGGCCCCUGCGGGCCACAACAGCAUCCCAGCCUACCAGGGGCUCACCACCCACCCAGGCAGCAUGCUCAAGCACGGCGCCGCCCAGACAAGUGGCAAAGCGGCCGGCAAGAAGCUGAAGGUGACCUUUGACAAUCCCGAGUACUGGCAGCACAGCUUGCCCCCCAAGCCGUCCAGCCAGCAGAACGCGGAGCCUGCCGGCGCUCAGGCGGCCAACGCCAAGCUCUUCUACAAACAAAACGGCCGCAUCCGCCCGGCAGUGGCCGAGAACCCCGAGUACCUGUCUGAGUUCUCCCUCAAACCCGGCACUGUUUUACCCCCUCCACCAUACCGCCAGCGGAACACUGUGGUAUAGAACCCAACGUUCCCCUCGACAUUUCCCAGACCAGACAGGCUCCUCACCAAACCCUCCCCUCGCCCUCUCCGGACCGUCUUAGCCCCUCCGAGAGAGGAUCGUCCAUUCCUCUAACAGCCUAGUGAGCACCCCCCUUCCCCCACCCACAUCCCAUCUCCCACCUGGGACGUCAGCCUCACCUGGGGGGAGGAUCUUGGUGUCCCGGCCCCCUUACGCUCUGCUCCGUAGCUCCAGUCUCUGUCCUGGACCUGGUACGGUACAGACUGCAGAUAGAGACCAGUGCUAGCGACGUUAGCGGCUAAGAGUGUAUAGAAGGUGAACUCACUGUGGUGGGAUGUGCAGCAGCUAUAAGAGGAGCCAGACAAUGUGGAGGUCUGUAGGAGCAGGCUGUACACAUCUCAGCCUGCACAGACGUGGUCUCCGGACAAUACGAUGGAACCACACUGGAAGAAAACAUGGGUGAAAUGCAGGCUGAAGACUGUAUCUACAAACAAACACUCAAACACAAAAACGCAGUUGGUAACGCUGUAGGUAAUCACGUGACUGUUGGAACCAAUGAGGUACGGAGGUGUGAACGUCAAUCACAUUUAAAUGUUUAACACUUAUGUGAAUUUUUGUAGAAAUCAUGACUUCAGUAUCACUCAUGUCAUGUUUAAAAGCGACUUACAUGGCGGUGACCAAGCCUCAAAAAAAAGCUUCUUUAAUUCCCACAAGUAGUGAAGUGAAUGUUCACAAGCCACUACAUGUCAUUCUAAACCUGUGCCAACCAAGCAGGGCGACUACUCGU